UGAUAGGAGCCUUCCGACCCAGGAUCCGAUGAUAAAAAAGGAAAAUAACAGAAUUUAGAAAUUGGUAAAAAAAGAGGCUAAAGCCACCUAAUUGGCUAACCCAACUUCUUUAUAUUCAAGUUUCGCGGCAACGCCUCUUUGCUUUAACUUUCUCUCUCUAACCAGCGCCUCCCUCCCUCACCCUUUCUCUCAGAUAAACCCUUUUCGUCCUCCCUUCCCGGUCUCCUCUCUAUUGAAAUUCUUUCCUCCUGCUAGUGCGAAGUGCAGCUCCAGAUCUUAUAUUGGUGAGAAUCGGCGAGUUCUGUUGCUGAGGAUCUAUCAUUUAGGGUUGUAAGAGUGGCAAACUCUGAGGGGUUUUGUGAGGGUUUCUAGAGGUACAUUUACUGAAUUCAAACUCUAGCCUUUUCUUUGGGACAAUUUGUUGUUCAAUUCAACUGAUUAAUGGUUUUAGGUUUCCCCUUUAUAUGGCUCUUUUGCUGAAAGCGAGCUGUUUGUUUUGGAUUUGGGGACGGCUCGUUUGGGGAAAUCAUAGCUGGGUUUUCCUCACAUAAAUUUGAAAUUCUCUUUCUGUUUCCUUGAGGGUUGAAGGCGGAUUUCUGGCGGCAGAUCUUUUCGGGUUCCUUUUCUGGGGGGGUUUUCUGGGUUUCUAAACAUUUUCGGGUUUCUUCCCUCAGCAGCUUUUGGGCUUUUGUGUGGGUAUUUAAAACCCCCCUUUUGAAUUGUUCGAUUAAGUUUGGGAGCAUUUGACAAGAAUUGCUUCUGAAUGGAAGAAGAAUUUUCAUUUUCUUCUAUUUGCCUUCCACCACUGAACUAUGAGUAGUAUUAUGGAAAUACACUGAAGUUCUUUUGUUGUUGUCCAAUUAUUACUUUUGUAUAUUUCAGAUCUUCUAGACGGAGGAUCUCUCUGGGUUAUGUUUGCUAUAUGAACAGGUAGCUCGUUGAUUGUUGGUAAUGAAGCCGAAUUCCCAGUUCUAUGAUGAGGCAUGCUGCUAAGUCUACCUAAAUGUGUUCCAGGAAAUCAACAUACAAUGCCUCCAAGUAGGAAAAAAAGUGUCAACAAGCAAUUUCCGAUAGAAGUCUCUCCUCAGAAAAAGGCCAGGAACUGGGGAAAAAAUGUUGAGCAAGUGACUGCAGUGAAGAGGAAGUCUGCCUAUAAGUUGGGGCCACCCUGGCAUGAAACAGAGAUACAGAAGUUCUACAAAGCAUAUCGCAAGCAUGGGAAGGACUGGAAAAGGGUCACUGCUGAAGUUAGCACUCGAUCUUUGGAAAUGGUAGAAGCCCUUUACAAGUUGCAUCGGGCCUACCUAUCACUUCCUGAAGGAACAGCUUCCGUGCAUGGCCUUAUAGCAAUGGUGUCUGAUCAUUACAGUGUUCUUCAGGCAUCAAGUGACAGUGAAAGAGAAGACAAUGGCGUCCCACAGGCGUCCCACAAAUCUCUCAAACGAAAGAGAGUGAAAGUUCCGCUUAGUGAGCAAACAGAGCUGCCUGUUUCAACAACAGCAGAUGGAUGCAUGUCUCUUUUGAAGAGAGUACGUUUACUUGGUGGUCAGCCUCGUGCAGUUGGGAAAAGGACGCCUCGUUUCCCUGUUUCAUACAACAAAGACAAUGCGAUAAAUUAUGCUUUUCAGAGAAACAGGAAGUUAAAUGCUGUUUCCAGGGAAGAAGAGGUAGCACAUGUUGCUGCCUUGGUAUUAACUGAGACAUCACGCAGAGGUGGCUCCCAAGUUUCCCAGACAUCCCGUGGCAGAAUUGAGCAAGACACUUUGUCACUUGUUAAAAGUAAAGAUAAGAAGGCAGAGUCAGCUGUAGAAAAACUUUAUGAUGUUUCCAUACAUGAUGGUCGGAUACAAGGGGCUGGAAGUAAGGUUAUCAGGAAUGUCGAGUAUGAUGGAGAUGUAGGUUUGGUGGAAAGAAAGGAAAAGAAGAUUCGUGGAAAGAAAAUGAAAGUUGGAGUGACUGACCGUCUUAAGGUUGAUGGUGCACAAGCUUCUGGUGGCACUGAAGAGGGUAAAAAAAUGAGUGGUUUGAGCAGAAAAGUUGAUACAAAGGUUUCAAAUGGAAAGCUUAAGGUGACUUCUCCUCAAGGCGAAAAGAGGAGAAGCAAGAAAUAUUUUUCUGGAGACGAAUUUUCUGCUCUGGAUGCUUUGCAGACAUUGGCUAAUCUCUCUGUGAUGGAAUCUGAGUCUUCUGCCCAACUGAACGAAGAAACAAGUACAGUUGAUUUGGAGAGCAAAUCUGUCAUCCCUCAAGCUACAUUUGCUGACCAUAAUAGAGACAUAACUGAAGUCUCAUCCAUGAAUGAUAAAGUACGUGAUACAGUCAUUGGAGUUGAAGCUACCACCUCAAGGAAGUCAAAGUCCAGAAGAGUUGCAGAAACUGAUGGUAGACAUGCUUCUGAAGCCCAGCAGCCAAAUGAUUCCAUGAAUGAUAAUAGCCUAAAAAGGAGACGUCCAUCUGUGGUGUCAAGAGCACCGAGUGUUGAAGCCGACACAAAUCCUCCUCUUAGUGAUUUAGUGAAGACUAACGACUUGCCUGGAAAAGAGAUAUUGCCUGUUAAAGGGAAACAAACCAGUGAAGUGUCUGAUCCUUCCAGACAACUGAAAAAAUCAGGUUCAGAUUACAACAGUGAUCCGACAAGUGAACCAAGUGGUCCAUCAGUGUCAGCUGAACAUUGUGUAAACACUCAAGCCAGUUUACCAAUGCCAUCAAGAAAAACUAGACGCAAGAGAUUCCCUUAUAAUAUAGUGGGUGAGAAGAGUAAAGCUAUUGCCUGCUCCUUGCCAUUGCAAGGGGGAGCAUCUCAUUCAAAGGAAGACAUUUCUUCUUGUCUUUCUUCUCCCCUUAUUCGUAGAUGGUGUACAUUCGAAUGGUUCUACAGUGCCAUCGACUACCCUUGGUUCACCAAACGAGAGUUUGUCGAAUACUUGAAUCACGUUGGGCUUUGCCACAUUCCUACUCUAACACGUGUCGAAUGGGGUGUCAUAAGAAGUUCCCUUGGAAAACCUCGGAGGUUUUCUGAGCACUUUCUCCGUGAAGAAAGGAGCAAACUUCAACAAUACCGCGAGUCUGUGAGGAAACAUUAUAGUGAGCUCCAUGCCGGUGUCAGUAAUGGACUUCCAACAGAUCUAGCAAAACCCUUGUGGGUUGGACAAGAUGUAAUCGCUGUCCAUCCACGAACAAGGGAAGUCCACAAUGGAAGAGUGCUAACAGUUGAUCAUGAAGAAUGCAGGGUUCAGUUUUACAAUCCUAAGAUUGGAGUUGAAGUUAUCCAGGAUGUGGACUGCAUGCCAUUCCACUCAAUGGACAACAUGCCAGAGGCUCUCAAGAGGCAGAAGUACUUCGUUGCUACGAAGGAGGUUGAGAUAAAUGGAUAUUCGGAUAAUAGGAAGCUUAACUCAGUUGGGCCAGUGGAGAGUGUGCCGACUCCAAUGAAUACCAGAAUAAAGCAAGCUCAGGCUACAGAAAAUACUACUUCACAACUGAGGGCCUUAGGUACUCAAGCUUCCGAUGCCCAAAAUGUUACUCUUGGUCAAUUUUCGGCGACUUCAGCUCUUGAUCCGACUCAUUCACUCAAUAGAAAGCAAGGAAACCAGAUGCACCUCCCUUGGCUGACUUCCUCAGCCAAUUCCAAUUCUUAUUACAAUUCGUUUGCUUCCCAAGAUACGGGAUCUGCUGCAGCAGCUGAAAUCGUCAACAGCUCAAGACAAAGAGCUCACAAGAUGCUCGAUGCUGCUCUUCAGGCCUUCUCAUCGAAGAGAGAAGGGGAGGAUGGUUUUGCUACGAUCAGGGAGGCUUUAAAUAAAAUGGACAGCAGCAGGCGAGGAGGUACAUUGUCGAUGCAGACAUCUUCAGAGUCCCUAGCGAACCUCUCCUCCUCCCUAGUCUCAUCCCCAUCGGAGCUCAUGACUUCAUGUGUCGCCACUUUGCUCAUGAUCAAGAUGUGUACCGAACGACAGUACCCUCCUGCAGAUGUGGCUCAGAUAAUAGAUUCCGCAGUCACAAACUUGCAGCCCUGUUGUUCGCAGAACCUACCGAUAUACCGAGAGAUACAGACGUGCAUGGGAAGAAUCAAGACGCAAAUAUUAGCUCUGGUACCAACAUGAACGCAAGACGGUCAUAAUGCUCACUAUACAUGUCUAUUGCUGUAUCGGCUUCGAUGUGCUGCUCUGCCAUUGUAGAUAUAUGAUGGGGCGGAGUUUCUUCAGUUUAGGUAGGAAAUCUCAUAUAACUAGAUAGUCGGCUAGUUUUAGAAGCUGGAAUUUGCUAUAUCGGGCUCAAAAGAGCAAAUUAAAAGCUCUUGUGAAAU